GGCUACGUCCCUGUUUGUCGUCAAGGGUGCGUUGCGUCGGAGCCGUCUUUGUUUCGAAGGUGUUCGCAAUCCGAUUGGAUUUGAUCAAUGCAUGACAUGCGUCUCGUUGCUUUCUUUCGUUUGCAACGCUCACAUCACUUGUUUGCUGGACUGUAAUGUUCCGGUUGUUAUUGUUUGUUUCAUUUGUAUUUUAUCACUUUUUUUCUCUUYACAGGAGAGGGUAGCGUUGAGAAAUUUCAGGUUAAUACAGCCUAUAUUUGCUAUGCUUUGUUCAUGUUUCUGACCUUGUUAGUAAUAGGGGCAGUUUCGACUUGGCUGGAAAACCCCGCGGGCCAAACGGCCGUGAUUGUUCUCCUCGUCUUGCUAAUAUGCUUUGUUCCCAUGAUUCGAUCGGCUUGCAAAAUUCGACAGUACGAAAUGAACCAGCGAAUGAACGAUGGAAACGGAGAUGGCCACGACGAAGAAAGGAAGUACCAUGAUGAAAACGAAGACGGCGACGAGGGCUGCUCCGAGACCUUUGUUUCGGUCUGGGAAACCGUGCGGGUCUCGGAACUCAAGGUCUGGGCAUGCUAUGCAACGGCCGGGAUGGAAAUCAUCCUUUUCUUCCUGUGGCCAUUGAUCAGCAUGUUUGUCUUCGAGAACACACCGUUGGCGGUCAUCUUUUUAGUUUUCGGGCUCCACACCAUCCCGAGGCAUUAUUUCAACGUGAGCAAUCUCUUGCAAGAGCUCGGUUCCUUGGACAAACUCGACCUGGGCGGCGUCGAUCUGGCCCUGCUCUCGUGCGGUCAACACGACAGCAGCGACAGUGACAGUGACAACGACAACGAGAGCGAGGAGGCCGAAAACCGGGUGGCAGGAAAAUUCCGAGAGAAGCGCGACGUAAAGAACAAACUUUUGAUCUCGAACCUUGUUCGGCGGGUAACUCGAAGCAGAGCAAAUAGGAAUUGGAUGUAAGUAUGUCGCAAGCCCURUCUGGGAACAGCGAGUGCCUCCGCGCGUGAACUUUCGAACAAGAAACCACUUGCCAUGGCGAUGAUGCUUUUUCUUCAUUCGCGAUUGAUCAUUCGCACUGGAUGCUGUUGUUCGGUCUGUUCUCUUCUUUCGCAUCUCACACACUUUCUUUCGGUUCUCUGUUGAAUUCUACCCAUUGAAGUGGACUGUUUUUCUUCUACUUCCUGGUCUUUUUCAGUGGAUAUUAUCUAUCCGUAAGCGAAGAAAUGUUUUCUUAUGAAAUGGGCCGGUACAAAUGGAAAAACGUUGUGUAUGCGAACGACUUUUCUUGGGAUCCGCAACCCAACCUGCCCUACCCGACUUGCGAGGUGAAGAAGGGUUUCACCUUUCCCGGAGAGGAGGGGACCGCGUCGCUGGCAAACUAUGCGUUUUUGUCCACUCUUACGUUCUCGAGUGCCGAAGAGGCCCAGCCCCUCCUCGAUCAAUGGUUCGGAAACGGAACCGUUCUAGACGAUACCGACUACGUGGAAGCCUACCGGCAGGCGACGGGAACGGAAGACCACCCCGUGACGUACAAGCUGUUCGUCUUUCCGAGCGACCCGACCGCCGGAAUCGUCGGCAUCCGCGGAAGCGAGAUGAUGUGGGAUUGGAUGACAGACAUGCAGCUGUGGUCGGGGGGUAUUUUCGCCCAGGCGAUCCUGAGCAUCAACCCCCUCGGGAACAUCUGGGAGCCGAUCAUGGACAAGUUGGUGUACCUGAUCAACUACCCCCAGAGCGAGAAGCUCAAGGAAGUCUCCUAUUACCGGUUCACGUCCGAAUUCGUCGAGGCCCUGUACAGCGGGUACGGCGGGCGGCAGUACGAAAGCCUGAGGGUGACCGGGGCCUCCCUGGGCGGGGGACUGGCGAUCCUGACGGGGGCCAUCACCGGAGCUUCGGCGAUUGCCUUUUCGGGCCUGAACGCCAUGUACUCCCGCCGGACCUUUUUGCCCCCCAUCACCGAGGAGCAGCUCAACACGCGGGUCUUCAACACGAUUCCCGAGCGAGACAUUAUCGCCCACAUCGACAAGGUACGUCGCGCGAACCGGCCGGCCCACCAAAUCGAAGCGCCAAGUCGGAAUCGUUCGCAUCGAUUCGCUCGCCAAAGAACAUUCGAUUUGCUGUUGUCGGUGUUUUGUUUUUCUAAUUGCCACGAUUCCAUUGCAAAUUUGUUUCGCGUUUCGCGUUCCGUUUUUUUUUCACCACUACCACAGCCCGGCAUGAACUACCAGCGAAUGCAGUGCAACGCGCCGAAAAACUCUCUCUUUGGCUGCCACAGCAUGUUCCGCAGCCUCUGCSAAAUCCAGUUCCAGUGCGGGUCGCAGGGCCGUCCCAUCAACUGCUGGUGCGUGAGCAACUACGGAUACCCGGUUCCGACCCAGCUCGGAAACAAAACGUGGGAAGAAAYGUGCGCCAGGUCCUCGCCCCCUCCUUCCUAGGAAAAAGAACAAUCGGGAAGCGGGUUUCGUUUGUACUGGUCAAUGGAAAAUGAAUUUUCUAUGGGUUU